UUGCUUUAUUAAUAGUAACAGUGAAAACAAUUAAAACUUUGUUUUCAUUCAUUCGCUAUUAUCUAAAAACCUAAGAAAGUAUAUAAGAAGGAUCAUAGUUCACUUUCUUCAUUAUUAGUGCAGAUUUCUAUUAAUUAACAAAGGUUUAAUUUAAGAAUGGCUUCCCAAAAGUUGACAUCUGAGCAAGUGUUCGCUCUAGAAGACAAAUAUGGCUGUCGCAACUACGCCCCCGUGCCGGUGGCGCUAUGCAAAGGAGAAGGUGUGUUCGUAUGGGACGUUGAAGGCAAGAAGUAUUACGAUUUCUUGAGCGCGUAUUCAGCUGUGAACCAGGGCCACUGCCAUCCGAGAAUCAUCGCUGCCUUGAAGAAGCAGGCGGAGAAGCUGACCCUCGUGUCCAGAGCGUUCUACUCAGACCAGCUAUGUGUCUACGAGAAGUUCAUGACGGAGCUGCUGGGCUUCGACCGGCUGCUGCCCAUGAACACAGGUGUGGAGGGAGGCGAGAGCGCCCUCAAGAUCGCUCGCAAGUGGGCCUACUACGUCAAGAAGAUCCCAGAGAACAAGGCUAAGGUGAUCUUCGCAGAAGGCAACUUCUGGGGCCGCACGCUGGCCGCUUGCUCGGCAUCAUCAGACCCUUCUUGCUACGAGGGCUACGGACCCCACAUGCCUGGUUUCACACUCGUCCCCUACGACAACAUCCCGGCGUUAGAGAAAGAGCUGAAGGACCCUAACGUAUGCGCGUUCAUGGUGGAGCCUGUCCAGGGAGAGGCGGGGACUGUGAUUCCUCAACCAGGGUACCUGCGUAAAGUCCGGGAGCUGUGUACCAAGUACAACGUGCUUUGGAUUGCUGAUGAGGUGCAGACUGGCUUGGGUCGUACUGGCAAGCUGCUGGCGGUCCAACACGAGGACGUGAAGCCCGACAUCCUGAUCCUUGGCAAGGCGCUCAGCGGCGGAGCCCUGCCUGUCUCCGCUGUACUCGCUAACAACGAAGUUAUGAACGUCAUUAAGCCUGGAACACAUGGGUCUACCUACGGAGGCAACCCGUUGGCUUGCGCUGUCGCCAUGGAAGCUAUUAAGGUAUUGUUAGAAGAAAAAAUGGUGGAGAAUGCAGCGAAGCUAGAACAUGUUCUUCGUGAGGAAUUGGAGAAGAUUCCGAAGAACAAAAUUACUACUAUCAGAGGGAAAGGACUCAUGUUCGCCAUUGUAGUUCACGACAGUAUCCCAGCGUAUGACGUGUGCCUUCGGUUGCGUGACGCGGGGCUGCUGACGAAGACCACACACGGGCAGACCAUCCGCCUGGCGCCACCGCUCGUCAUCACAGAGCAACAGCUGCGCGACGGCUGCGCAAUCAUCAAGAAGGUCCUCGACAGCUUUGAUAAAUAAACGCGCUGUGAACUGGU